CAGAGGACCAGCGGGGCGCAGAGCGCAGAGUGCAGAGCCCACGGCGCAGGGAGCGGCCCCGGGGCGCAGAGCGCAGAGCGCAAAGUGUAGACCCCGGGGCGGAAGCUUUAAGGCGCAAAGUGCAGACCCCAGGGCCUAAGGUUUAGGGCGCAAAGUGCAGACCCCAGGGCGCAGGGAACAGAGCGCAGAUCUCAGGGCUCAAGACGCAGAGUGCAGAGCUCAGAGGUGUAGAGAGCAGACCCCAGGGCGCAGAGUCCAGGGCUCAGGGUUGAAGACUCAGAGUGCAGAGCUCAGGGUUUAGGGCGCAGAGCCCAGGGCUCAGGGGUUGAAGACUCAGAGUGCAGAGCUCAGGGUUUAGGGCGCAGAGCCCAGGGCUCAGGGGUUGAAGACUCAGAGUGCAGAGCUCAGGGUUUAGGGCGCAGAGCCCAGGGCUCAGGGGUUGAAGACUCAGAGUGCAGAGCUCAGGGUUUAGGGCGCAGAGCCCAGGGCUCAGGGGUUGAAGACUCAGAGUGCAGAGCUCAGGGUUUAGGGCGCAGAGCCCAGGGCUCAGGGUUUAGGGCGCAGAGUGCAGAACUCAGAGUGCAGAGCCCAGGGCUUAGGGCUUAGAGCGCAGAGAGCAGGUCCCGGUGCCCCAGCCCCGCGGGCCGAUGUCCGGGGUGGCCCCGGGCCCGUUGCGGUGGCCCUGCCUGUGGCCUUGCCUGUGGCCCUGCCUGUGGUCCUCCUGCUGGCUCGGAGCGAGCAUGGCUCAUUCCUCUCGCCUCCUACCUCACGUGGACCAGUACGAGGUGGUGUUACCCCAUCGACUGCCUCCCUUCCGGGCCAGGAGAGAUCUCGCCUUGAAAUCUAACUCCUAUCCAGAAAGCGUGCGCUACGUCAUAGGCUUCAGACAAGACAAUUACACCCUUCACCUCCGGAGAAAUAGGGACCUGAUGGGACCACGCUACACUGAGACCUACACGUUGCCCAACGGCACCGAGGUGACAGAACAGCCGGACACUCAGGAUCACUGCUUUUACCAGGGGCACGUGGAGGAGCACAACGACUCGGCAGCUAGCAUCAGCACCUGCCGUGGACUCAGGGGCUUCUUCCAGACGGGUUCGACAAUGUAUUUAAUUGAGCCGCUGGAGGACAGAGAGGAGGGACAACACGCCGUGUACAAAGAAGAGCAUCUCAGGGAGAAGCUAGUAACCUGCGGUGUGUCCAACACCACUCUGGAUCAUGACGUGGAACCGAGAGUGGCUGCAGCCUACAGGCCUCGGGAUUGGAAAUCGGGGUCCGUUCCGAAGGAAACCCGCUACGUGGAGCUGUUCGUGGUGGUGGACAGCAUGGGGUACCAGAAGAUCGGAAACUUGAACAAGGUGCAGGACCGGGUAAAGCAAAUCGUCAAUCACGUGGACAAGCUUUAUCAGAACCUCAAUUUCCGGGUGGCUCUGAUUGGCCUCGAAGUGUGGACUUUUUCAGACAAGAUGGUGGUGAGCUCCAGCCCGGACAUCACGCUCAGCAAUUUCAUCAACUGGCAGGGGAGGGAUCUCAAGAGGAAGCACAAGUUUGAUAAUGCCCAGCUGAUAACGGGUAUAGAUUUUCAGGGAACCACAGUGGGUCUGGCCCAGGUGUCCACUAUGUGCUCAUUGGAGUCUGCAGCAGUAAACCAGGACCACAGCAUUAAUCCAAUUGGGGUGGCAUCUACCAUGGCCCACGAGAUGGGACACAAUCUCGGGAUGACUCAUGAUGAAAACGUCAACAGCUGCUUUUGUACAGAAUCGAAGGAGAACGGCGGGUGUAUUAUGGCAGCCAGUCUUGGCAAUGUGUACCCCCGGAUCUUCAGCAGCUGCAGCCGAGACAACUUGCAGAACUUCAUCAGUAACCCCCGGACGGACUGCUUGAAGAACGUCCCCGAUCUCACCAGGCUCUUCGGAGGUCCGGUGUGCGGAAAUAAAUUCCUGGAGCAUGGAGAAGAGUGUGAUUGUGGCACUCCUCAGGAAUGCACCAACACCUGCUGCAAUGCCACCAGCUGCAGACUGGCAAAAGGAGCCCAAUGUGCCCAUGGGAGCUGCUGCAGCCUCUGCAAGAUAAAGCCGGUGGGGGAGCUGUGCCGGAGCGAGCAGAGCGACUGCGACCUGGCGGAGUACUGCACGGGCCUGGCCCCCGACUGCCCCCAGGACGCCUUCCGCCAGAACGGCCUGCCCUGCCCCGGCGGCUACUGCUACAACGGGCUCUGCCCCAGCCUCGCUGACCACUGCCGGGCCAUCUGGGGGACAGACGCCCAAGUCGCUCCAUCCGAAUGCUAUCAGCUCCGCACUUCCCUUGAUUUUCAAGGCUGCUCUGCGACACGUAGCCCUGCACGGGCGGACUGGUGCGGUCCUCUAUUCUGCUCCGUGGGACAUGGAAAUGGGCCGCUUAGCUGCUCCAUCACCUUGGCGAGAACAACGUGCACUGUGGCCAUCUUCCAAGACGAACUAAGAAAGGACUUUGAGAUGGUGCCAAAUGGCACCAAGUGUGGCGAGCAGAAGGUCUGCUACCAAGGAAGAUGCCAGGACUUGCUGGUCUACGGUCCCAGGAACUGUUCUACCAAGUGCAACAACCGCGGGGUUUGCAACCACAAAAUGGAGUGUCACUGCAAUGCAGGAUGGGCUCCACCCUUCUGUAACCAGAAGCAAACAGGUCUAAGACCAACAGGAAAGAGCACCGUGGUGGUAAUCCUGGUGAUGGUGUUGGCCAUGGUGGCUGUAUUCAUCAUUUUCGGGGUCAUCUUCUUCAGGAAGAAAAUCAUUCCCAAUCUCCAGAAAAGAAACAUGGCCACCAAGACCAUCUCUGGCCUUUCGAACCCACUGUUCCAGGAGGGCAGCACCAACGAUCCGGCGAAGAGCGCCGUCCAGCAGUCCAGCAUCGGCUCCCCGGCGCUGGUCUCCACCACCUCCAACAUCAAAACUUCCAACACCGCUUUUGUUGCAGUUACUACCAGCCAACAUCCCCCAGCGGCUCCGGCAGCCGGACCCAAUGUCCCUUUCAGAUUGCCAGUUUACUCCAGCUAUCCUCCUGGGAACCAGAUCCGACCUGCUCCGCCUAACAAACCUCUUCCAGAGCUGAAGCACAAACCGGGAAACAAACCGACUUCGGCUCCUCCUCCGAUCCCACCUGCCAAAGCUCCUGCGUUAAUGUCACAGCCCGCUCAACCCCAGGGAGCCGUCUCUAAGGUGCCCCUGAAGCCCCCAGCCCGGCAGAGGUGACCACCCAGACGAACCCCAAGAAGGAAAGACAACCGAGAGACCCCAGCUUUGCAUGAUUUGAGCAAGUUGACGUCUAGCUUGGACAGCGCCAUGAUGUUUACCUUAGGCAGUUCUAAAAUGUCUUCUUAGGAUCUCAGCCAUUUCCACUGAAACCUUCAAACAACUGUGCCUUAACACCAAUAAUGGGACAUUUACAAGCACCAACAAGUGUCUACGCCUGCUGGACAGGAAUUUGGGCCAUGGUACUAGAGGAAUGUUACCAUUUUCAUUACAACUGGAGGGGGUUUUGUUUGUUUUUAAUGAUAUUUGUUUAGCACUACUUGCCGGGCACUGUACUAAGCGCUGGGGUAGA